GCAUCUGAGUUUUCAAUAUGGCGGCUCCCAUAUUGAAGUGGAAACGGGUUACUAAUACUUCUGGACCGGCUCCUAGACCGCGCCAUGGACAUCGAGCAGUUGCAAUAAAAGAUCUUAUGAUAGUAUUUGGUGGUGGUAAUGAAGGAAUAGUUGAUGAACUGCACGUAUACAAUACUUGUAAGUCGUGUUUAAAUUUUCCUUAUAUACAGUGUAUUACUCCAUAUUACAAAAUGGCGGCUUUUGUUGUGUUUAUUGAGCGCGUUUUUUUCUUCUUUAAAAGUUAAUAAAAUACAAAGGGUUGAAUCUUAUUUUGGUUAUAAGAGCGUAGGAGUUAUUUUUAAAGUAUUCUUUAAGUUUGGGGAAAUUUUUCUAUCUAAAAGCAAUAUGUUUUGUUAAAGCGGCUAUUUUAAAUGACAUUUUUAUUCCAAUGCCCACAAGAGUUAAGAUGGCGGCGCCCUACUAAAUUAGGCCAUUUAAAAUUUUAUGAAAAGCUUUAAAGAUUAUGAUAAUUCUGAAAAUUAUCUGUAUAAUUCUUUGGCGAUCUAUUUCUUUUGGUGUUUUUUAAAAUCAUUUUCAUAAAUUUAUUAUGUGAAAUUUAUAAGAAAUGACUUCUCAUUUUUAAAUCGGGUGGAUUGUAUUCAAGAUGGCGCCUUUCUAGCAGCUGUUCCUGAAACAAGUCGUGAGUUCACGAGAUCUCCCUGGACACUGGAUGAUUAAAAUAUUGGAUGAUAACCUCAUAUGUGGAUCAAUUCAAAAUUAUAAUUUAAAAUUCUAAAUAAAAGCCAAUUUUACAAUUUGGUAUUUGACCAACAUGAAAAUAUACUACUAAUUACUUACUACUCUGGCCAUUCAGUAGUUUUAGCAAUAUAAAGAUAGUAGUUACUAUCCUAGUGUCUCAUUUUUAUUUUACUUAGUUCACAUGUUUUAAUAAUUGUAAAGCGCUUAGAGCUUUAUGAUAAGCGCUAUAUAAAAAUGCCUAAAUAAAUAAAUAAAUAUUUAUAAUAUUAGUAUUAGUCAUAAGUCAUAACUCAGUCACUGUCACUCAGUUUGAGUAAGGAAGUGGUACUGUUUGUUCAGUAUAAUUAAACAUGCAGUUGCUGAUUGUAAAAAUAGUUGUUUAGGCCUACCAUAUUUAUAGUAUAGCCAUAUAAAAUAUAGUCAUAGUCUCAUCUCAUAGUUUACCACUUCUUGGACAGGAAAGAGAUAACUUAGUUUUUCCAAAGUAGGCACUGUAGUAGGUACUUGGGGAAAAAAAAUUCAGAAUAAAGUUAUUUAACUUUUACUUUUAAAGCUAGUUGGUUAGAUAUGGACUGAUGAAAAAAGAAAUUCAUUAAUACCAAAUUUAUGGUUGUAGCUAAAUUAUUAUUAUUUUGUUGUGAUUUUUUUUUUUUUUAAAUUUUAGUGAACGAUUUUGUGAUAGGCCUGCUCUGUAGGCAAAAGUCAUCCAAUUAAUUUUUAUUCCACUUAUUAUUUCAACCAUUGAAGUUCAAGUAGGCAUAGGGAAAUUCAUUACAACAAUUGUCAAUAGUCCCUAGGUCUAAAUGUUACUUAAUUUUUUUAUUCAUUAAGUAGGCUACACACAAUAAAUAAUAGUAUGCCUAAAACAAAAUCCAUUAAAAUUUAUUUGUAAAGAAAUAAAUUCAAGGCACCUGACCUGAGCCUAUAUAAUAUAGCCAUUAAUAUACUAACACUAGGAGUAAAAUAGAUCCUCCAUGCCCUAUUUUCUUUCCCAAUAAGUGCUUUCAAUGGUUGGUUUAAUGCCAAGUCAGAUCAAUUAGUUCUCAUAGGCCUGAUUUUAAAAAAUUGUUUGUUGAAAUAAUUUUUUUUUAAAAUAUGUAUAUGUUAUUUUUUUUUAAAUAAAUAAGUGAAAUUGGAACAGUGAUAUAAAUAUUAAUGUAAAAUAAAUGUACUACAGUAACUGCCCUGGUGAUUGGAAACAGUAAAAACCCAUGCACGAAAUGAAAUUGGGGAACACACAUCAUGUAGCCUUCAGGACAGUUAUGUGGACUUCAGUAGAAUUUUUUACAGUAUUGUCAUAGCUCCUUACAUUUCCCUAUAAACUAGUCUGCUCUAUGGGUUGAUGAGGGCAGGUGUUUGAAAAAAUAAUUUGAUAUGUAGACAUAAGACACGGGACACUUUUCAGAUAUAGUUUACCUAGUUUUAUAAUUGUAUUAAAAUUUUUCAGCAACCAACCAGUGGUUUGUUCCAGCUGUCAGAGGUGAUAUUCCCCCUGGCUGUGCUGCAUAUGGGUUUAUUUGUGAUGGCACCAGAAUACUUGUCUUUGGUGGCAUGGUGGAGUAUGGAAAAUAUUCAAAUGAACUGUAUGAACUUCAAGCAUCACGAUGGGAAUGGAAAAGGCUCAAACCAAAAGCACCCAAAGCAGGAUCACCACCCUGCCCACGUUUAGGUAAUUUUAUUUAUCUACAGUAUUAAAGAUCUGAAGGUGGUCCUACUCAUUGCCAUUGACCCUCUCAUUAUAUAAAAAAAAAUUGUCCGAUAUACCCCUGCCAAGGAACUCGCCGCCUAACAUUACUAAGAAAUUUUAUUAAUUUAGUAUGCAGAUCACUGUUCUUAAAUUAUUUAACAGAGUGUACCAUUUUCUUCCCAUGACAUCUCUUUUUCUAGGUCACAGUUUUACACUUCUUGGUAAUAAGGGCUAUCUGUUUGGUGGACUUGCUAAUGACAGUGAAGAUCCCAAGAAUAACAUUCCCAGGCAAGUUACUUUAAAAAUAGUUUGGUGGGACACAUGUUAUUAUGUAUUUGUUAAACUUUUUAAGAGGUCAUUCAUGUCAAAAUUAAUUCCUUUCAUGAUAUUUUUAUUGCAGAUAUUUGAAUGAUUUAUACACUCUGGAGUUGCGCCCACCAUCUAAUCAACUGUCAUGGGACUUGCCAAAUAUCGUUGGUGUACCACCACCACCACGUGAAUCUCAUUCUGCCGCACCAUACACAGAGAAAGAUGGAAGGAGACCUAGACUAUUCAUUUAUGGUGGUAUGAGUGGCUGUAGACUUGGUGAUCUGUGGAUGCUUGAUGCAGGUAAUGAACAAGUUGCAAAUACAAUUUUGUUUUAUAGAUAAAUUUUGCGUUCAUAUGAAUUAUUUUCUAAUAAUUUUAAAAACAUAACAGGAUGUGUAGAAUUUAUUUUAAUUGUAUUAAAUGAUAAUUCUUUUCACAGAGACUAUGGCCUGGGUUCAGCCUACAGUAUCAGGCAUGCCGCCUUUGCCUAGGAGUCUUCAUUCUGCUACUGUUAUUGGCUCUCGUAUGUUUGUAUUUGGCGGAUGGGUACCCCUUGUUAUGGAUGACGUUAAAGUUGCAACACACGAGAAAGAAUGGAAGUGUACCAAUACUUUGGCAUCCUUAAAUUUAGGUUUGUAUUUUUGUUUUCUUUUCUGUUAGUGUGGGGGUAUACAUUUGAUUGGUUCUAAGUUAUAUGUGUAGGAAAAGUGACAAAUGCUAAUCACAUCUUCAUUUAAAUUGAAUUUUUUAUUUGAUUUUUUUUUGUUGUAAAAUUAAGAUGGUAUUUUUAUAAAAUCUUAGAAACUAUGGGUUGGGAACCAUUGGCAAUGGAAGUUUUUGAGGAUGCUUUACCCCGAGCAAGAGCUGGUCAUUGUGCUGUUGCCAUAAAUACAAGACUUUAUAUCUGGAGUGGUCGAGAUGGUUAUAGGAAAGCUUGGAACAAUCAGGUAUGCCGCGCUAUUAAAUUAAUAUUAAUCUUUCAAUUUUUUUGUCCUUAUAACGUUUGUAUUGUUCAGUUUGUUAUGCUGGUGACUAAAAAUGCUUUUAUUUUCCACCAUAGGUUUGCUUCAAAGACUUGUGGUUUUUGGAAACAGGUUAGUGACAGCUUGCUUCUUUGUGUAUCUUUUUUCUGUUCUGUUUUCUUAAGUGGCAUUUUACAAUUUUUUGUGCAACAUACUUUUAAUAUAGCUUUUAGUUUUAUUUUUUACAAGGGAUAAAUUUACAAUAUUGGAAUGAUAAUUGAUACAAUGAAAUUUGUUCUGAUAAUUUAAUUUUCAUUAAAUUAUUGUUCAAAAUCAAAUUAUAUUUGUAUUAUAAGUCCUAGAGUGUUUUGAGAUGACACAGGUUUCGAAAUAUGGUGUGUAAAGUAGCUUUUGAAGGAAUAUUAUUAUUUUUUUCUUCGGGUUUAUGGUUGUUGAUUCUUUGUAUUAAUUUGAACCAGAGAAACCACCAGCUCCUUCCCGCGUACAGUUGGUCAGAGCAAGUACCAAUACCUUGGAAGUGUCUUGGGGAGCUGUGCCUACAGCUGAUGCAUACUUACUUCAACUACAAAAAUAUGAUUUACCACCAUCCGCAACUACUGCUGCUGGGACACCAGUGCCAACCCCAGUUACUGCAACUCCUGCUCCACCUGCACCAACGCCACCUGUUGCAGCACCUGUGGCAGCUCCCACACCCAUAGCACCAACUGCAGCAAUGACUCAGACAAGACCACAAUUUCAAAUAACUGGGCCACCAGGGGGAAUAAUUCGCACACCUACUACAGGUUGGUUUUAUUGAAACUAUAUUAAUAGCCAUCCUUUUGUUCAAAGUCAGAUAUUAGCAUUUCGGACGAGUUAUUUUUAUUUUAUAUUUUAUUCUUAUAAUCCAAACUUUCAGAUUACUAUUUACUUUUCAUUUUAGUUUUUUUUUGUUGUAAAGAAGUAAUUGACAGUAGAUUUUGCUUUCUGUAACACCACUAGUAGAAUUUUACUUUGUUGUUGCACACUAUUAGCCUUCAUUUCGUAAUGCCUAUGUAAGUAUAGGCCAAUUAAAAUGUUAAUCAUAUUCUUAAUUUUAACAGAAAGGAAUAUUUUGAUACUGGGGGUGCAAAUUGUUUUCUCGCUAAGAAGUUUUGUUACUUGCUGUCUUAUUUUAAAGCUUGAACCCAUGGAUAACAUUGCAAUGAUCUUUAUAAAAUAUCUGUAACGCAGCAGAUACGUUUGUUAUAAAUGCUUUCCAUCCUCUCAGGCUUACCUAUUCGUACAGUAACUAGUGUGGUGUCACCAUUGACCCCUGGUCACACAACACAAACCAUCAGAGGUAGAAGUAUACCCUUAUAUGUCAUAUCAACUGCAUGUCCCAAAGUAUGACUUAAUAAGCAAUAUGUCUUGUGGAUUUUUGGAGGACAGCUGUUAAAUUGCAUUGUCAUUUUCAUUAUCUGCUUUUUUUUUUUUUUUGUUUUUUAGGUUCUUUUUAGUUUGUUAAAAAACCAGUUUGACUCUUAAAUAAAAUAUUAUAGUAAAAAAUUUUUAAUAUGUCAUAUCAACUGCAUGUCCCAAAGUAUGACUUAAUAAGCAAUAUGUCCUGUGGAUUUUUGGAGGACAGCUGUUAAAUUGCAUUGUCAUUUUCAUUAUCUGCUUUUUUUUUUUUUGUCUUAUAGGUUCUUAUUAGUAUGUUAAAAAACCAGUUUGACUCUUAAAUAAAAUAUUAUAGUAAAACAUUUUUUAAUUAGCCCUAUCAAUUAAUCUAUUAUGCAUUGUCCCCAGACAAUACCACAUUUUUAAAUAUAUCUCAUACACAAAAGAUGUAUUGAUUAAAAUUGCUUUUAUACACGUUAAUUCAUUUUUACUUUUUAAUUCCUAAACAAAUAAUUGUUUGAUUGAAUGAACAUAGUUCACUGGGGGCCUUCAGAAUUAAAAUGUACCAUUCAAAUGAGUUUAGGACAUAAAAAAUUUAGUCAUCAAAUAAUUGUUAAAAGUGUUUACAAAUGUUAAAACAUUUUCUUCUACCUGGUAGCUUUUAAAGAAAAUAAAACUGACAGAACAUUUAGAGAUAUUAUGUAGGGUUUUUUUUUAAUGAUAGUGAUCAUAAUAUAUGAUUUUUCUUGAUUUUCAAAAUAAUAAUUCUUUAUGACAGAUACUAUAGAUAGUAGUGAGAUGGCAAUGCAUGCUAAGCUUUAAAUGUAACGAAAUAUCAGUCAAACAUGUUUAUAACGUGAAAUUACUCUAAAAGUCCAUCAAAAGUCAAUGUUGCCUUAUCUAUCAUUUUGAAAUUAAUUUGUUCUCUAUAAUAAAUUUAAUUUAAGUUGAUUACUUAUAAAUAGAGAUUGUAGCUGUUCAUUUGUUUUUAUUGUUAAAAUUGUAUUGCAUUAGAGUCUAGUACCCAGGUGGAGGUGGUGGAAAUAUUUUAAAUUGUUUUUUUUCCCCACUUCAGUUUAUUUUGAUUUUAUCUGAUGAGUUUACCAAACAAAAAUAUAUGCUGCUUAACUGUAGUAAGCUCUGAUUGAAUAUUGCAUAUUUUAUAAAAUAUUGUAGCAUGUUUUUUAUGUUACAUUAGACCAGAAUUUACCCUUGAAACAUUGCGUUUCAAUCUAUUUACCAAUUACCAUUAAAAACUUUAAAUGCCUUAUUAUACCAGUCGGCUGUUAAAGAUAUUAAAUAAACUUUUACUAUGUGGAAACAUGAAUAUUUAAACUAUCCAAAUUAUUUUAAGUCUUGAGGAUUUUUGUUGUUUUCAGAAUUUGUUAGAAACGCACUCAGAUUGUUUUAUUAAAUAUCAUGUGUUUUUUCCUUCAAUUUAUUGCAGUCACAGCAGCUCCACGAAUUCGAGCUCCAAUGACCAUCACACCUGUCGCAAACACAAUUCGUGUAGCAACUCCUCAAAUGGCUAAUAUGGGUCAAACUCUUCAGCGUGUUCCUAAUGUUACAACGGUAAAAUUUACCUCAAUAUUUAAUUUUCAUUUGAAAAGUUUUGAAUUGUCCUUCUAUUUUUAAACAGUUGUUGGUCAGAUAUAAUGUGUUGCAUGCAUUGUGUAUUGGAUUCAUUAGAAUCUUGUUGAUUUUCCAACCUAUUUAAAUACAUUUAUUUUUUAUUUUUUUAAAGUUCUAAAAAAAGUUAAUAAAAAUAAACUUCGAUUUGAAAACUUUGUAUGCUUUGUUUUUUCUCUUGGUCUUGUGUCAGUGGUCAGCCAAGUAAACAGUUAUCAGUAAUAUUUUAUUUCUGUCACUAGACCACUGGAACAAUGUCGGGCAUUGCUGCCCUUGCUGCUGCAGCUGCUGCCACCCAGAAGAUACCAGGCACAAUGGCCAGUGCCACCUCAACACCAGCAUCAGGUAUCAAGGUUGUCACUCCUACUAUUGUCACCCCUGGCGGUGUUAAAGUUACACCCAUUGGAGGGAAACUGCCAAGUAGGUUUUAUAUAAAUAUUUAUUUUGUGGCACUUUGAUAUUUUAAAUAAAGGUUGUUGACAUUUAAAGUCCCCUUUUUAUUUAAAAAUUUUUCUGUCAUGAAAAAGUUAUAAUAAUUUUGAUAAACUUGAGCUCAAUACCUGCCUUUCCGAGGCAUGCAUGUUUUCUUGAUUUUCUAGCCCUUAAUUCAUCUGAAAAUGUAUUUUGUGUUUUUUGGCUUUGUAGCCAGUACCAUUGCGCCUGGCACACAGACAGUUCGUGUAGCACCAACAGGGGCAACUAUACUGAAAGCUUCUGGUUCUGGUACCAAUCUCUCUGGCAAACAAAUCAUCACUGUUCAUAAAGCAGGCAGCACAGGUUCCAGUCAGUCACAGAUUGUAACACUUGUGAAGACAACUCAAGGAAUGGCUAUGGCUAGUGUAAGAUAAUACUUUGCUUUUUCUUAUUAUUAUUCUCAUUAUUUAGUGACAGAUAUCACCGUUACAUUAUAAAAGUUUUUAAUAAAUUUUAAUUUUGCUCUUAUGAAAUUUAUGACUGUCUGAAUUGGCUACAAAUGUUUUAAGGGAUUCAUAAAAUUGAAGAUCAUCAGAAUUAGUGCCUCGUAAAAUAUUUUACCCAUUCAUCAAAGCAUUACAUAUAUUGUUAACAUUUAUUUCCAGCCCAAAAAUCCUCUCCCCCAAGGGGCUACAAUAGUUAAACUAGUGACUACACAAGCAGGGGGCAUCAACAAACCUGCAACAGUUUUGUCCACUCAGUCCGGUGGUCAGACACCAACAAUAUUAGGCAUCAGCAGCGUGCAGCCAAGUGUGAGUGUCGUUCUUAUAGAUUAGGGUUACAUGAAAAGGUUACGACUGUUUACAUGCAUAUCAGUGUAACCAUUAUUUAAUUGCAAUUUCUGCUUUUCCAAAUUUUAUACUGAAACCCAACUUUAAUAUUAUUUCUCACUAAAAAGUGCUUUUAUGUUCCACUGGUACUUUUCCCUACGUUUGAUGCACUGCUUUAAGAAAAACUGGUGAAGCAAACAUUGACAGGAUCUGGCUGAUUCAGCAUUGAUCCACCCUACUAUAACUAUUAUUACUAUAAUAAAUAAUGACAUUUUAUACAUUUAUCUAGCCUGUACCUCUGAUGAAUAGAUUUUCACCAAAAUCAUUUGUGGCUAUAUUUAAUUUAACUAUCUAGCACUACCAUUUUCCUACAUUCUAAUUGCAGUAUCUACAACACUGGUCACAACACUAUCAACAACAUUGGCUUGCGUUGUUUUUUAAAAAUAUAUUUGUAAAAGGCAAUAUGGUUUUAUUUAGAAUUAGUGUUAGUUUAAUUCCUUAACAUUUCUGUAUCUUAUACAUCAUAAAAUGUUUUGGUUGUAUAAAACUGGAUUUCGUGAAAUCUUUAUUCUUUGACAUUUUUUUUAUACUUCGGUGUGAUAAUUUAUUUUGUUCCGCCUGGUACACUUGCUGGUUAUCAAAAACAAAAUCAUUAAAAAAUUAUCUAUGAAAGAUAUUUAAAAAAACACUUGUAGAACAAUAGAAUGGCAUUAUGUAGACUUGCAGUAAAUUUUCAACAAUCUGUCAACUUGUUUUCGUGUAGUUUCUGCUUGGUAAUUGCUAAAUUUAUGCGCUUUUUCUAUAAAUUGGGCCCUCAAAUUAAAAUGUUUAUUUUUUCAAGGCAAGUUUUAUAAUACUUUACAAUAACCAUAUUUUUUAAAAAAUCAUUCAAUUUGAAAUUUGAAUUUAUAUAAAUAUUCAAAAUCACGAGUCUCCCUUUUGUUAGCCAGUCAUUCUAACCAGAUUACUAACCUUAGUGUAGAUGAGAUAUUUUGGUGCUGAAGUUAUUUUGAUCUCAAUAUUUUAACAGCAACAGACAACACCUGGCCAGAAGACUCUCACCACCAUGAUUCGAACCAUCCCAACAUCCAUGUUGUCAAUGGCCAAGACAGGUCAAGCGACAACGCAAGGAGUAACUACCACACCAGUGGGCACAAAGACAAUUGUCAUUGCUGCACCCAAGGGAACUGCAGGAAACCUUAACCAGCCUACAAAGAUUAUAACUAGUGUUCCCAAAUUGGCUGGACAGUCGGGGAACACUCAGUUCAUUGUUGUUAGCCCACAAAGUGUGGCAGGGGCUGUUGCUGCUGGUAAGUAAUUUUUACAAAUUGCUUGCUGUCAUAUUUUGUAUAUGGGUGUCCCAAUAAAUAUGCUUUUUUAAAGAUCUUAAUUGCCCAGUACAGGCCAACUACCAGUUGAGAAAUAAAAUCAAUUUUACAUUUAAAUGUGUGUUAAUUUAACUUUGUCUAAUGAUAUCCCUUUUAUUUCUUCUAGGGAAUAAGCCUAUAUCUGCCAUAUCUUCUUUUACUUCUGGUGGAAAUAUCAUCUCUCAGGCUGGCAAACCUGUCAUUACUGUGCUAUCUGGCGGUGAGUGGCAUUUUAAGACAUACCUGGUUCAAGUGUACAUUAUAUUGGGGCAGUAUUUCCAAUGCCAGGGCGAUUUCAGUAUUUUCAUUUUAUUGUGCAUCCAUGUAAGUGGUCUAAUCUUUCUAUAUAUUUUUAAAAACAUUCCUUCAGUUUCCUGAACAUUUUAAAGCUGAAACCAAAAGAUUUUUGAUAUCACUUUAUCAAAAAUCUUUUGGCUUCAGCUUUAAAAGUUGAUUUCAUUUCCUCAUGUGGUAUUGGAAAAUCUGCUUCCAGCUUAACAAAGCAUGCUGAGUGUUAUCUUAUUUAAUUUCAUUGAUGGAUUAUGUUUGACAAACAAGUUGAUUAUUGCCUGCUGCAUGUUGUUAGCUAUUCCAUCCUUUAAAAUAAAUAAUGUGAUUCUCAGCAAAAAUUGCUUCUUCUUAUUUGAAUAUAUAAAAACAUUUUCUCUUCCCAAGGUAAGAAGUCGUUCCGCACUAUUUUAUCCACAGGCUCUUCUACUGGCACACACUCUGUGACUCCGACAGGUGGUCACACGGUCGUCUCAUCCCCUACCAUGCGUGUGGUUAGCAGCAAUGCUUCAACAAUUUCUCUCAUCACACAAGCAGCCAAUGAGGCGUCAGCAAGCGGAGGCCGACAGAUAGUCACAGUUCCAGCUGGACAUGCAGGUUUGUCUGGAGCAAAGGGUCCCGUGCAGAUUACCAUCACCCCUGCCAACAGAGGUGGCAUCAACACCAUCACGCUACCGUCUAAUCUGAGACAAGUAGCCAAGCCGGUUGUUGUUAGUACCACAGCAGCCAAUGGCACACAAGUUGUGAGUUUGGGUGGAAACACAACUGCCCAGGUCGUCACAGUAAAUGCACCUAUCACAGGUGCCGGAGAUCAGUCUGAGGCUUUAACUGGAGAAUCUCUUGGAGAUGGAGCAGCCCAAGCCGAUGGUGAUGGAGGAAUCCAGCAGUUUGAUGGAUCAGCAGAUGAUGAUGUCUUAGAAGAUGGUGAGGUCGAAGUUGAUGGGUCAGGGUUUAAUAUGUCAGAGUGGUCAGCAUUUUCGUUAAGCUGUUUACCUCAAGACAACGGACAUUUUGAAGAGGAUGCAGAUUUCUUUGGCGAGGCGUGCUCUAUAACCUGUUCAGAGGAUCAUCUGUAUGCUAUGACAGAAGAAUCACUCCAGGAAAAUGAUGACUUCAUGCUUCCUCAGUUUGAUGGCACCAAUGAUGAUGGGUUGGGAGAUGGUGGUGGUGAUAAGGAAGAAGGGGGAGAAGAGCAAGGCGGUGAAACAGAUAACCAAGGAGCUCAAGAGCAAGGUGAAAUGAAUACAAAUGAAGGUGGAGAGGAACAGCAUGAGGCCGAUAUGGACAUUGGUGGUCAACACGGUGAUGCUCAAGAGGAGCCUGGCACAGAGCCAGGAACAGAAGCGGCUGGUGAGGGACAGGCUAUGGAUGAGAGUUUGCAUAGCGAUGUUGGACAUCUGGAACCAUCACUCUUGGCACAGGUAAAAGAUUAUUUUGAUACUUGGCUUGUUUUUAGUUCUAACCUGAGCACGUGGGCUAUUAACACAUUUAAAGAUAAGAUAUGUAUGACUGUCUCUUGCUUUAGGCUUUUUAUUUUAAAUGCUUGAGAAUGUUUGUGUUCUAAGAUAAUUGUUAGAGAUUCAUUUGCUAUUUUGAUAAAGCUCCAUCUAAAUAUCUGAAAGCUGAGGAUGGGAACUUAGAAAACUAAUUGAACUCGGUUUUUAUGCAAAGUCUGUUUCAUGUCUAUUUUUACAGGAGGAGGGUGAUGCUCACCAAAUGACUGAUGCAGAGCUGCAGCAACAAGCUGAAAGUGCACUAGAAGCUUUAGCUCAAGCAGGUGGUGUGGGAGUUCUUGCCGCUCAGGGUAUGCUGGAAGAUCAUGGAGACAUGGAUGGCGUUGGUCUGGAAGGAGUGCUUGCUCAACAAGCGGUGUUAGAUGCUGCAAGCCAUGCAGCUGCAUGUGAAGCUUCAGAGUUGUCCCCCCAGCCUGGGGAUGAGCCUCCAGAAACAAAACCUGAUCUAGACUUAAAUCAGCCAGAAGCAGCUCCAGCUGAUGCGGCGUAUGCAAUGGACACAUCAGAUGGCACGUCACAGUUGGAACCGAAAGAGGAACCCUCGGAUGAGACACUCGCCUCACUGGCUCAAACUUUGGCCAAUGCUUCCAACAAUAGUGGAGAUGCUACAGGUGAUUACCAUUUUAUGAUUAAUACUCUUUCCGGAUGAACUAUUGAAAAAUUAAUGUCACAGAAAAGAUUGAUUAGUAACCAUAGAUCCCAUAGGAUUUUUAAUGAACUCUUGAAUAUUUUAGGAGCUUCUGAGUUUUAAAAAAUAGUAAAAUCAGUUAUUAGACUGACUGAAUGACUCAUUAAGUUACAGUGCAUGUGACUGACUGACUCAUUAAUUACAGUGCAUGUGACUGACUGAUUCAUUAAGUUACAGUGCAUCUGACUGACUGAUUCAUUAAGUUAGUGCAUGUGUCUGACUGAUUCAUUAAGUUACAGUGCAUGUGUCUGACUGAUUCAUUUAGUUACAGUGCAUAUGACUGACUGAUUCAUUAAAUUACAGGGAGUUUUUUGGCUUCACUUAUACCAACAUUGCACUAAGUAAUCACAUCAUUUCUCAUUGAUGAUUUUUUCUUCCACCAAUUAUCAAGACUGGAUGUUUGCCCUUACAGAUCCUUUGGCUACUCUAGCUUCAGCUGCCAUCUCCUCUGCACCUGUUGCUACUCCUAAAACCUCUGAUGCAAGUGUGGGCAGCACCGACAUUAAGCUGGAGGACUUAAAGCCAGAGAUGAAGCAGGAGAGAAUUUUAGUGAAGAGAGACCAGCAACAGUGGUUUGAUGUUGGUUUUAUCAAGACCACAUCUUGCACAGUGUCACAUUACCAUUUACCAUCAGAGAAUAGUCAGGGGAAUGCUGAUGUAAGUGUAGUUUUGUCUUUGGGAUUACUUUUAUUGUCUUUGGAACACUUUCAUUACCUGUUAAAAAGAGGAAAUAGCCAUUUUAUAAUCACUGUAAGAUCUUUAGAUAAUUUUGUGUUUUGGAACAAAAUAUUGAAGAAAUGUCAUUGUAGAAAGCAGUUGUUAAACUUUUGUCAAGAUGACUGGGGGGGGGGGGGGGUUGUUGUUCAAUAUGGGAUACAUUUAAAGGGGUUAUUCUUUUAUAGAUUCUAUCGGUUCAUGAAAAAAUUUCAAGUAUAAUACAGUCAAUCAAACAUGCUUUUAAUAAUGAAGUAGAACAAAAUAUUGAAGAAAUGUCAUUGUAGAAAGCAGUUGUUAAACUUUUGUCAAGAUGACUGGGGGGGGGGGGUGUUGUUGUUCAAUAUGGGAUACAUUUAAAGUGGUUAUUCUUUUAUAGAUUCUAUCGGUUCAUGAAGAAAUUUCAAGUAUAAUACAGUCAAUCAAACAUGCUUUUAAUAAUGAAGUUUAACAAUGUAUGGCCAGCGAGUCGAAACAUUUAUAAAAGUAUACAUUUUCUUCACCAAGGAUAUUGAUGUGGUCAAUGUUCCUGACCACAGCGCACUGAAGCGUCAGGAACUCCAGCCGGGUACAGCCUAUAAAUUCAGAGUAGCAGGCAUCAAUGCCUGUGGUCGUGGACCAUUCAGUGAGGUUUCAGCUUUCAAAACAUGCCUCCCUGGCUUCCCAGGAGCUCCGUCAGCCAUUAAAAUUAGCAAGGUCAGAUUAUUGGAAAGUUGUUAUGAAAUAAAAGUUGUUAUAAAAUAAUUUAACGCUGAUAAACUUAAACUCACUUGCACAUUUAAAAUUUGUUGGGAUUUUGCUUUCACACGUUAUAUUUCUUUUAAAAUAUUCUGUUUUUUUUUUUUUAUAACGUAUUUGUUGAAUACUUUAAAUAAAAUUAAAUUAAUCAUACAAUUAUUGUUCCUUAAUGAACUUUUGACCAGAAAUAAUUAAGCCUUAAUCAUAAUAUUAAACACAGAGAAAAAGCUUGCAUCAUAAAAUUCAGACAAAUCUGUCAUCAGUUAUUUUAAAUCUUAUUUAUGUAUGACUUAGAUAAAAGAUAUAAAUGGACUGUUUACCUCAAUAAAUUAACAAUUGUUUCUCAAAUAGAGUGGAGAUGGAGCACAUCUUUCCUGGGAGCCACCUCAGAAUACAGCUGGUAAAAUCAUUGAAUACUCUGUCUAUUUGGCCGUACGGAACCAAAGCCAAGACACGAAGCCAGGAGCCCCAGCACAGCUUGCAUUUGUGCGAGUCUUCUGUGGACCCUUGCCCUCAUGCGUGGUAACCAACUCAUCUUUGACAUCUGCACACAUUGAUUACACAACAAAGCCUGCAAUCAUUUUCAGAAUUGCAGCCCGCAAUGAGAAAGGUUACGGUCCUGCCACACAAGUGAGGUGGCUACAAGGUAAAGGAGAAAAAAAUUAUUUAGAAACUUAAUAUCCCUCAAAUCAUCUUGCUUUGGUACCAUUGAACCAAUGAUUUGAGCAUUUGAGGUUUAAAAUGUAUUAAAUAUGUAGUUUUACUAGGAGUCAAUCUAUUUUCUGAAUGUGGCCUCCCUGAUACUAAUUGUCCAAUGAGAAUCAAUGAUUGCAUCAAUCCAUAAAAUGAUUUAAAAGCCUAAACAAUGUUAAUGACAUGGAUGAUGAUAACUCAAUUAUUUUUGCACAGAUGCCUCACAAAGUCCAGCAGCUGGUGGGAAAGGUGCCAAGAGACAAGGAACAGAAAAUGUGUAAGUAGAUUUCCUUAGACGCAGACUUAAUGGUUCAGAUAUAUAGUUAUUUACAAGGGUACUGUCAUAUAUGAAAAUGAUGGUCAAUUCAAUGUUCAACCAUUCAUACAUAGGUGAAUGCGUUGUAAGCAAAGGAAUAUAUAGUUUAAGUUAUUACAUGUUCAUGUGAACUUAUUAAAAGGGAAAAAAAAAUUAAAAACAUCAUUCCGCUUAUAUUCUAAAUUGGUCAACUUUGAACACAUCAAACUAUUUUUAAAGCUAUUUGAAGUUUUAGAAUGAGCCUGCCACAGUAACUAAUCAAAAUUUACAAUGAAAUUGUACGAAACAUUUUAAAACAACUAAAAGGAUUUUUGUCCUGACAGUGAGAAAGUAAAUGAGAUGCAUGUUGGACAUAAAAUAUCCAGUACUUUUGCAGACUUUAAUAAAAAAAAUGCACAGCUACACUAUUUAUUUCUCUUCGAAAGCUGAAAAUGAAAUUUUCUCCACAGAAAACCAGGCACUGUUGUGAAAAAGUUGAAAGUAGAGGAUGGCAGUGAAGGCUAAUGGAAGUCAACAAGAAAAUUCUAAUUAUAUAUCUCAAUUUUAAGUCGCUACAGCCCACAAGCCAAUCCCAAAGUUUUACUCAAAUAUUAAGUUCACUGUUAGAAGAUCAGAUUUCAAUUAGGGCACCAAAGUUAUCUGUUGGGAAAUGUAUUUAAAAAAAAAAAAAAAAAUUUUAAGUAAGUUACUGUUUUGACUGAUUGUAUUUGUA